UAUUGUUUAUGUGUCUACAAAACUUCAUCUCUUCUAAAACAUACACAAACAAAUAUACCCUAAAAGAGAGUUGUGAAAAGUUAUAGUUAGAUAGAAAAACAAUAUGAAGAGUACUUACUUGUUUUUCACAACUUUCUUAGCAAUGACAUCUUUUGCCUUUGCAUUAGAUCUCAGUCCUCUGCAAGAUUUUUGUGUGGCUACCAACGACAUCAAGACGGGCGUGUUGGUGAACGGACAAUACUGCAAAGAUCCAAAACUUGUUACAGCAGAUGAUUUCUUUUUCUCAGUAAAAGAAGGAGUUGUAUCGAGUCCAGUUGGUACUCAAGUGACAUUAGUCACAGUUAAUGAGAUAUUAGGAUUAAACACUCUUGGUGUCUCUCUUGCUCGUAUUGACUUUGCACCUAAGGGUAUAAAUCCUCCACACACUCACCCUAGAGCCACUGAGAUACUUAUGGUGUUAGAUGGUACUCUCAAUGUUGGCUUUUAUACUUCUAAUCAAGAAAGUAGUACUCCCAUUACAAAAGAUCUCAACAAAGGAGAUGUUUUUGUGUUUCCAAUUGGUCUCAUUCACUUCGAGCAUAAUACAGGAGAUGGAAAUGCGGUUGCAAUUUCUGGAUUUAGCAGUCAAAAUCCAGGAAUCAUCCGUAUUAUUAAGGAUACAUUUGAGUUUAAUCCAAAAAAUUAUUCAGAACUUCUCACCAAGGCUUUUCAAAUGGACAAUAACAUUCAUACAUAGUUAAAAGUCUUCAGAAUAUGUAGUACCAGAUUAUUUAUAAUAAAUCAAAUUUAAG